AACGUUACAGGAGCAGAGGAUUAUCUCUAACGACGAGAUCGCUAUGACGUCACAGCCACGGCGACGGACGUCUCAUGGGAGUAGCUUCGCCGGUUCUAUGUUAAGUCUGAUUACAGGCAGACCCUCUACCCAGGCGAGGUCCCCGCUGCACAUGUCCCAGGAUUACACAGACUAUCGACACGUACCCAAUGGUCACAUGGAUCAUUUCAGUCCUCAUCUACGCCAUGAUAGGUUUGUGUCCGUCGACAUGGGCCUCCGUAGUAACGGUGGGGAACAGGGGGAGUUCUCCUCGUGGUCGUCGGAUUCGGAAUUGCGCAAAGGAAAUAGGGUAGUAAAUCACUUCGGGAGAGAGAGAUCUCACACAGACGCGAAUGAACGAGAUUUGGAAAAAGACAUGAAAAAGGAACGUCAUCGUAAAGUAAGUUUCCCACUAAGUUUACUGAGGAGACUUCGUUCACAUUCCGAAAAAUCUUAUCCAGGAAGUUCUAAAAGUGUUCAUUAUGACAGCGAUCCGGAUGCUACACCUGAAUACGUACCGUUACGGCGGGCAACUUUAAUUCAGGAAGCCAACAAACUUUCAAAGCCAACCGUCGACCGGAAGCGGAAACUCAGUUAUCCACUUGGCAUGUUGAAGCGGAAUCACAGCGAUUCAUCCGAAGGGUGCGGGUCAGUGGAAUCGGUUCCAGCAGAGGUCUUGACGUCACAGACCAAGCCGUCACGUCGCCGUACCGUCCAGUUUGACCCACUAACUUACUUCAUGAACGAUCCUGACCAGCCUCCUCGUGGCCUACAUCGGUCACGUAUUCGUUCACAGAGGCGGGCGAGGGACCUCGAAGGAUUUACCGUAGAAAACGUGACCGAUGGGUGUGACGUAGAUGAGACAGUCUCUGCCCAUCGAAGAAACGCACAGAUUAUUGAGAAAGCUAUGGCAGGGAAAGCGGUGUCGCGUGCGCCGCUGUUGUCCGCCAUUGAGGAAGGUGGUACUAUAACGAGCCUGACUCAGAUUCUCCCUAGUGACGAGGACGAGGACGCGGAGGAGUCAGAGAGGAUGGAACUGAUACAGGAACUGCACGAGGAACAGAAUCCAGAAACGAAUUUAGAAAAUGAGACGGCGAUUCAUGAUCAACGACCCAGCUUUAUCAUACCGACCAUUACCAUAGAUGACUAUUCCUAGCUCCCGUCGUGUACUUAGAUCGUUUACAUAGCAUUCUGUUAUAGGCACCCACUACUGGUUACCGUUUGUAUAUCACAAAACAUUUAAUGAAUUACAAAGAACUGAGGUAAACUGUUUAUUCUGUUAUUCAAUAUGGAUUGUGUUAAUAUUCUACAGGACUCAUAACUGGAUAGUUCACUAUGACCAGUAUCUCAACACCUGAUGGCAUUUAUGUAUAAUUUGAAGCAUACAAGAGAUCCAAGCUGGAUCUUGCCACCCAACAUCGUAAGAUCUUCCUAAGUUAUAUGUAUUUUUGACAAUUUUCUCUUUCUUUUUCCUCUUUUCUCUUAUCUGUUGGAUGAAAAGUCUUGUCAACAGUAAAUGCAGUAGUGGUAACUUUCUAUAAAAAUAUCAUACAGCUCUAUUUGAGUAUUUCCUUUCAAAGUGAGGUCAUUGUUUCCAUCUUGAGAAAUAGCAAAAACAAACUGAAACUCUCAAAAUCCAAGAUGCCUGCCUGACGGCCAUCUUGAUUUUGCCGUUUUGUCUCAAUUUUUUUUUUUUUUUAUUACACUCUUAUUCCGUCUUUGCGUAUUGCAGAGUUAUCUUCUCUUGGGAGCAGAUAUUGAUUUGCCUUUAUUACCUUAUCGAUAUUGAUAUUGUUUUCUAAUACAUCAACAACACAAACAAAAGGAAAAUCACCUAUAGUAUAUGAUUAUAAAACAAAAACAAAACCGAAAAAUGUUAUUUUGAAAUGAACGUUUUAGCAUUGAAUUGAAUUUGAUGUACCUUUUCUUAGCAAAACGACGGUAGUAGACAAUUAAGACGUAGGACGGAAGGAUUAUUACCAGGGAUUACAACAAUAUACUAUUUUAUGUUAUGAGUAAUUGUUUACUAUGUAGUAUGCAAUAAUCUAUUCCGGGUUUUCCAUUCAUUAUUAAAUUUAUUCAGAUAAGUAUCACCUUUACCUGUAGCAAUAUAUUUUGAGUAUCAUAUAUUUCCUUAACUUAUUUGUUUUAGAGCUGGAAAUGAUAGGUGAGUCUGCAGACAUCUAGCCUAAUAUAUAUAUAUAAAGCUUUAUCAUUAGAAUUAUUAGAUUAUCUACAUUGGUUUUCCCUUAAAGAGAUCCAAGUUAAACAAUUCUUUAUAAAAAGCAAAGGUGUUUAAUAGCAAAUCUAAUACAUUCGAAAUCUGCUAAGAAUAUUUGUACUUUUUUCACAUUCCCAUAAUGCAUGGACUAUUGUUUCAUUUUCAGUUUAACAAUAAAAACUAUAAGGAUAAUCAACAAGGCCUGUUUUGAAUAAAUAUGAACUAGUAGUUUUGAUAUGAUUAUUAAUUCUAAACUGAAGCCAAUGCAAUUUGUAUUUCGGGUAACUUUGAAGGGAAUGGUGUAAUUGUUUUCCAUAUUUGUUCAUUAAAAUAAAAUAUGUUCACUCAUCUUUUUUCUUCCAUUUAAAAAAUAGUUACAAUUUAAUAGGUAUAUAAGGAUAGUAUAUAUUCAUAUUAAGAAUAUCUUCCUGUGAUAUGAUUUUUGUUUAUAGAUUUAAUGAUACCCUGGUAUGAAAGAAAAUCUGUAUUAAUGAAUUGUUUUGGAAUUGUAAAACAAAUCAUUACCAUUUCCUUUAGCUAAGUCAUAAAUUAUCAUUACUCCUUUUCUAAACCAUUCCCUGUUAAAAAAAAUCCUCUUUUCUGAAUUAUUGCACCAGAUAAGUAUUUUGAAAAUACCUUCCUUUUUAUAUCACAAAUGUUCAACCUUUUUAGCUAACUUAAUCCAGCUGGAUAAGACAUCUUUUUUUUUUUGUAACUUAGAAUUUUAUUCAGAUUUUCAAACACAUACGCAUGACUAAUAAUGAGAUAUAAGUCUGUAAAUUAUGACAGGUAAAGAUGGGUAAUUGUACAGAACACUCAUCUUACAGAUUUCAUACUACCCUACUCACUACACGUCAUAUAUAUAAACCUAUUACACAGCCUUUGCGUGACUGACAUUCAUCAUUAGACCAUACACCCAUUUUGCCUGUAGAGGGAGGAGAGAGAGAUGGCACUAUUUCCUAUCUAAAUUUCAAUUUAUUAGCAAGAUUGAAGCAGUAAAUAUUAACAGCUGAUUAAUUUUUAGAGAAAUCAGCAAACACUUUAACGGCAUUGAAGAGACGAGAGCUAGACUAUAAAAUAACAGCUCGGUAAAUUUUCCCCAUCUUUUCCAAUCUUUUUCCUUUUUUUUCCUGGCAGCUUCCCCAUUGCUGUUAGUUAAAUAAAGUUUUGCAAGUCAUAAAAUGUUUUAAUGCAUUAAUAAGUCCAUUGAUGUUGAGGGAGUUGUGAAAGCAUCGCACUUUGUAAAAGUUCUGUUUUAUAUCAAGGAGAAUUUCUUUAUCAAUUUUGCAGUUAUUGAAAUUUUGAGAUAAAAAUCCAAACAUAUAGGAUUGUUUAUUGUUAUUAAAUGGGAUGAAAAGAGCAUCUAGUAUAACUAUUAGACUAUCUAGUGAAGUCUGGACUUCUUGACAUUCCCACAGGACAUGUAUAAUAGUUUCAUUUUCAGAGUUACAUACAGUACAGAGAGGAGAAACAACUAGAUGUGUUUUAAAGAGUUUUUGUUUUUUUGUAACACUGAAGGGAAUCUUGUAUAUUUGAGCCCAUGUUGAAUCAUUCAAGUCGAAGACUUUGUUCCACUUCUUUUAACCUGUUGGUACAGUAUUACAUAUUAUAGAAAUCUUUCGAGCCUUUUCUGUUUUUCAGGAAUAAUUCAAUGUUCAUUGGUAAAAGAAUUUCUACACUCUUUUAGACAUUUUUGCACAAAAUCAUUGCCACAGUUGGCUAGUAGAUCUAUGUUAACGUAACUUUUUAAAAUAGCUUGCCAUUUGGCUAUGGUAUGAAAAAGCCUUCUGAUCCAAGAUAAUUUUAAUGAAUCUAUAAAUGCUUUUAAAUUAAUCAUUUUUAAACCACCUUUAAGGUAUUCUUGGAUAAUAACUUCUCUUUUGACUUUGUCUGUUUUGCUGUUCCACAAAAAUUCAAAAGAAAUAUAAUUAAGUUUGGAAAGAAAAAGUUCAUCAGAAUUUGGCAGUGCAUAAAUAGAUGGUUGAAUUGUGAAACGAGAAGUGAUUUAAUAAUAUGGAUUUUACCAAUUGGAGUUAAAUUUCUUCUUUUUUAUCAAUGACUUCAAUUUUAUCAAUUUUUUGUUGAAAUUCAUUUUUGGUAUCUCGUGCAAGUCAACAUGAAACUCAAUCCCUAAAAGUGUGAAUUUGUGUCUGCCCCAUUGCAAGUUAAGUUCUGUGAGGAAGGUGUCAUCACUAUUUUUUUUACUACCAAUCCAGACUACAUGUGUUUUGAAUACAUUAAUGUUUAGACCAGAUAUUGUAGCAUAGGAAUUUAAUUCAUUAACAGAUUCUUUAAUAGAUCUUUCAGAGCCAUCUAAAGCCAUCUGUAUAUUGUGGGAGUAGAAUUGGACAAAUGUUAACUUGAAUACCUUUUAUGUUCUUAUUAUUUCGCAAUCGAAGAGCUAAGAUUUCUGCACAGAGGAUACAAACAUAUGGGGAUAUCUACAUUGAAAUAUGAUGACAGGUUUCUCCCCUGAAUGAUUGCAGCACUGACCUUUUUAUGAAAUACCUUAAUUAAUCGAAUUUCGUAUACUUAUUCCAAAACCAAAAAAUUGUAAAACUUUUUCAAUGAAACCCCACGAAACCGAGUCAAAGGCCUUUUCAAAAUCUAUCAUCAAUAGCAUGCCAGGGAUAUAUUUCUUCACUAAAUUGCAUUAAGUCAUAAACUAAUCGUGUGUUUUCCCCAAUAUAACGCCCCGCGAGAAAUCCUGUCUGAACCUUAUCUAUAAUGUUGCCUAAGACUGUUUUUAUUCUGUGUGUAAUUGUUCCAGAAGCUUUUUUUUAUAUAUAUAACAGUGAGUAGUGUUAUUGGUCUCCAGUUUUUUAUGAAGUGACUGGUUUAUCUCCCUUUGGUAUGCAAGUUACAAUUCCGCGUCGUUGAGAAAUAGACAGUUCACCCUUUAAUAGCCUGAAUUAAUAGAUCUUACCACAAAAUUGCCCAAAUAUUUCCAAAAACGUUAAAAAAAACCUCAGCUGUAAAACCAUCUAUGCUAGGACUUUUGUUAUUUUUCAUGUUUUUUAAAGUUUGACCUGCUUCUUCCAGUGUUCUAGGACCCUCUAAUCUUUCUGCAUCUUGUCUACGAAGUUUACAAACAAUAAUUAAUUCAUUCAAAUGUAAAUCUUCUAUUUCACUCUCAUUACUAUAGAGCUUUUUCAUAAAAAAAUGCGAACUUCAUUUAAGAUUUCUUCUUGUUUUGUAAUUAUAUUACCGUCAUCUAAUUGCAGUUUAGGAAUUAUUUUAGAGGUAAAAUAUCUAUUUUCUAAGUUGAAAAAAUAGUUUGUUGGCUUCUCACCUUCUUCGACCCAUUUAGCUCCUGAUCUUAUUAUGCUACCUUUGAUUUUAUGUUCUCUGAUUUUUUCUAAUUCUUUCUUUUUAAAGUCUAAUUGGACUACAUUAAUAUCAUCCUGUUCCUCAAGUUUUGAAUUGCUAUUCUUAGAUUAUUUUCAUUCAAGUUUUGUUGUUUCUUUGCGUGGGCUGAGUAAGAAAUUAUUUUACCUCUAAUGUGUGUAAGUAAGGUCUCUAGAAAAAGUGGAUCAUCAAUAGUAAACUGAAGGUCUGCAUCUGGUAUGUUUGAUAAGUUAGCAAGUUAUAAACAGGGAGACAAAAUAUACUUUUUAAAUCCAAAAUGCAUUCCUUCACUAGAUUAAGAUACUUUAGAUCAUGUAAUAGGCUAUUGUUGAAUUUCCAAAUAAUUUUUCCUGUUUUAUAUUCAGUGAGUUUUAGAAAAAUCGAAGGAAAAGAGUGGUCUGAUCUGUAUCCUGCUUCUAUAUUUGAUUGUAUAGUACUUGAAAGUAAGUUUUCAGUCACAAGAAAACAAUCGUGACUGUUCUUUUGGAUUACUUUUCCUCCAGGUGUACCUUUUUAAGUUCUCAUGAUGUUCCCUAAAAAUAUCAAUUAAAGAGAAAUUGUCAAUGAUUUCCAGAAUUUUAUCCCUGGCCUUAGGGUUAUUAAUAUGUUUGUAACUGUUAUCAUAAUCUAUAAUGGGAUCUAGAACUAAGUUAAAAUCGCCACAGAUGAUAACAUAUUUAUUAUUGAAGUCUUCAAUGGUUUCAGAUACAAGAUUAUGAAAUACAGGAAUAUCCUCAUUUGGACCAUAUAAGUUAAUGAGUGUCAUUUUUUAGCCACUCUUGGCGAGAUCCGAGUGGCUUAUUAAUUCUGUCCAGAGAACGAAAUGACGGACCCUCUUCCGCUCGGGGUGCGUGCG